AUGGAAACGCAACAGCAAGAAAUCGUCACCUGUCCGGCACCAGCAGUCGAUCAUUUCGAACGCCACGGCUACCUGUUCGGAUAUCCAAUCGCCCACUCUUACUCGCCGUUCUUACACAACACAGUCUUCGAGCAACUAGGCCUACCAUUGGGUUUCUCUUUGCUGGAAUCGACAGACAUCGACCAAUUCCUCAGACUGAUCAAAGACCCAAGGCUUUACGGCUCCGCAGUGACGAUGCCAUUCAAAGUGGCCAUAAUUCCGCACCUGGAUGACCUCACGGAUGAAGGACGUGCCGUAGGUGCGGUGAAUACAAUCUUCCGGCGAGGCGACAAGUUCAUCGGAACCAACACGGACACGAUAGGAGUCCGGGAGAGCUUCUACCAGAACAUCGCUGAGCCUGAUAAACUCUUUCACGGCCGGCCUGGUAUGGUCAUAGGCGGCGGCGGCGCUGCACGGUCGGCUGUGUAUGCGUUAGUCCAGUUCAUGAAGUGCCGGACUGUCUAUCUCGUCAAUCGAGAUGCGGGUGAAGUCGACGCCGUGAUAAGCUGGUGCAAGUCACAAGGGUAUGGCGAUGGUCUGGUGCAUGUGACCAACGCUACUCAGGCGGAAGGGCUUGAGGGUCCAGGGGCCAUCGUCGCCUGCGUGCCUAACUUCCCCCCUUCUACCGACGCAGAGAAGGAGGCGAGAAGAGUGGCAGAGGUGUUCCUCAACAAGCCUCACAAAGGAGCGAUGUUGGAGAUGUGCUACCAUCCCUCUCCAUGGACAGAACUCGGUGGCAUCGCGGAGAAAGCUGGCUGGCAGGUCAUUAUUGGAACCGAGGCAAUGAUCUAUCAAGGUCUGCAACAACAUACUUACUGGCAUGGCCGGACGCUUGAUCAGCUCCCCGUUAAGGAGGUGAAGGAAGUGAUCGCGAAGGAGUUGGCAAAAGCACGGUUGUAG